GCUUUGUUGGAAUCUGGCUAUCUGCUUAUAGCUAUUGAGGAAACUCAGCUUUUUAGGAGCCUUUACAGCCUUUAUCAUACCUAAACAGGAUGAACAGUAGAUAUAAACUUGCCAAGGCAAGAAUGUGUUGAUAAAUCAAAAUGUGUAUUUGUGGAGGGUUGUGCAUCUCUUGGUUGCAGCUUGCUAAAUAGGCCAUUUAGGAAUCUUCUUUCAAUGCUUUUUUCUUGAGCACUGCCUGGGGUGGUGAAAAAGCAGAGGGCAAGCCUUUGUCUGACGCCAAAAAUGUCUUCAGUGAAGAGGCCAAGAGGAAGGCCUCCAUCUUCCAAGAAGAGUGAUGGUUCUGGGACAUAUACUAAGUUGCAGAAUACCCAGGUGAGGGUCAUGUCUGAGAAGAAGCAGAGAAAAAAGGUGGAAUCAGAAAGCAAGCAAGAAAAAGCUAACCGUAUAAUAUCAGAGGCCAUAGCAAGAGCAAAGGAACGUGGGGAGCGCAAUAUUCCAAGAGUAAUGAGCCCUGAAAACUUUCCUACUGCCUCAGUUGAAGGAAAAGAGGAAAAGAAAGGUAGAAGAAUGAAAUCUAAGCCAAAGGACAAAGACAACAAAAAAACAAAAACUUGUUCUAAGUUAAAAGAAAAGACAAAAAUUGGCAAACUCAUUAUUACAUUGGGUAAGAAACAAAAAAGAAAGAAUGAGUCUUCAGAUGAAAUAUCUGAUGCAGAGCAGAUGACACAGCAUACAUUCAAAGAUCAAGACUCUCAAAAGAGAAGAUCAAAUCGACAAGUUAAAAGAAAAAAAUAUGCAGAAGAUGCGGAAGGAAAACAAUCUGAAGAAGAGGUUAAAGGCUCUAUGAAAAUAAAAAAGAAUUCAGCUCCUUUACCUGGUGAACAGCCUUUACAAUUAUUUGUGGAGAAUCCGAGUGAAGAAGAUGCUGCGAUUGUAGACAAAAUACUAUCAUCUAGAAUUGUAAAAAAGGAAAUAUCAUCUGGAGUGACAAUUGAUACAGAAGAAUUUUUUGUGAAAUACAAAAAUUACUCCUAUCUUCACUGUGAAUGGGCCACAGAACAGCAGCUUUUGAAAGAUAAAAGGAUCCAGCAGAAAAUCAAACGAUUCAAAUUGAGACAAGCACAAAGAGCACACUUUUUUGCAGAUAUGGAGGAAGAACCAUUUAACCCAGACUACGUUGAAGUAGACAGAGUGUUAGAAGUCUCUUUUUGUGAAGAUAAGGAUACUGGUGAGCCUGUUAUUUACUACUUAGUAAAGUGGUGCUCAUUGCCAUAUGAAGAUAGUACAUGGGAAUUAAAAGAAGAUGUAGAUCUUGCAAAAAUAGAAGAGUUUGAACAAUUACAAGCUUCAAGGCCUGACCCAAGGCAUUUGGACCGUCCUCCCUCUAAUAUUUGGAAAAAAAUAGAUCAAUCCAGAGACUAUAAAAAUGGCAAUCAACUCAGGGAAUAUCAACUAGAAGGACUCAACUGGCUCUUGUUCAAUUGGUAUAAUAGACGAAACUGCAUUUUAGCAGAUGAAAUGGGUCUUGGGAAAACUAUUCAAUCAAUUACAUUCCUCUACGAAAUCCUUCUGGCUGGUAUAAGAGGACCUUUCCUGAUUAUUGCACCACUUUCCACCAUUGCAAACUGGGAGAGAGAAUUUCGUACAUGGACUGAUAUUAAUGUUGUGGUUUAUCAUGGGAGCCUGAUUAGCAGACAGAUGAUACAGCAAUAUGAGAUGUACUUCAGGGAUUCACAGGGACGCAUCAUUCGAGGAGCUUACAGAUUCCAGGCCAUCAUCACUACUUUUGAAAUGAUUCUUGGGGGCUGUGGAGAGCUUAAUGCAAUUGAAUGGCGUUGUGUAAUUAUUGAUGAAGCACACAGGCUAAAAAAUAAAAAUUGUAAACUCCUAGAAGGUUUGAAGCUCAUGAACCUGGAACACAAAGUGCUUUUGACUGGCACUCCUCUCCAAAAUACAGUUGAAGAACUAUUCAGUCUUCUUCACUUUCUUGAACCUUUAAGGUUUCCUUCUGAAUCAACAUUUAUGCAAGAAUUUGGAGACUUAAAAACAGAGGAACAGGUGCAGAAACUUCAGGCUAUCCUUAAACCAAUGAUGUUGAGACGAUUAAAAGAAGAUGUAGAAAAGAAAUUGGCACCUAAGGAAGAAACCAUCAUUGAAGUAGAGCUUACUAACAUACAAAAGAAAUACUACAGGGCUAUUUUGGAGAAGAACUUUUCAUUUUUAUCCAAAGGAGCAGGACAAACUAAUGUACCUAACUUGGUCAAUACUAUGAUGGAGCUCAGGAAAUGCUGUAAUCAUCCUUAUCUUAUCAAAGGUGCUGAGGAAAAAAUACUUGGAGAAUUUAGAGAUACAUAUAAUCCAGCUGCUUCUGAUUUUCACCUUCAAGCAAUGAUACAAUCUGCUGGUAAAUUGGUCCUUAUUGAUAAAUUGCUUCCCAAAAUGAAAGCAGGAGGUCAUAAAGUGCUCAUUUUCUCUCAGAUGGUGCGCUGCCUUGACAUCCUCGAGGACUAUCUCAUACAUAAAAGAUAUUUAUAUGAGCGAAUUGAUGGAAGAGUCAGAGGGAAUCUUCGACAAGCUGCAAUAGAUCGAUUUAGUAAACCCGAUUCAGAUAGAUUUGUUUUUCUCUUGUGUACCCGAGCUGGUGGGCUGGGCAUCAACUUAACUGCAGCUGAUACAUGUAUAAUUUUUGAUUCUGAUUGGAACCCUCAAAAUGACCUUCAGGCCCAAGCUCGUUGCCACAGAAUUGGUCAGAACAAAGCAGUUAAAGUCUACAGAUUAGUGACUCGUAACUCUUAUGAGAGAGAGAUGUUUGACAGAGCCAGUCUGAAACUGGGCCUGGAUAAAGCUGUGUUACAAAGCAUGAGUGGAAGAGAAAGUAAUGUUGGUGGGAUUCAACAGCUUUCCAAAAAGGAAAUAGAAGACCUGCUUCGAAGAGGUGCUUAUGGUGCCAUUAUGGAAGAGGAAGAUGAAGGCUCUAAAUUCUGUGAGGAAGAUAUCGAUCAGAUUUUACUCUGCCGUACAAAAACUAUUACUAUUGAGUCAGAAGGUCGUGGUUCAACAUUUGCCAAGGCAAGUUUUGUGGCUUCUGGAAAUCGAACAGAUAUUUCCUUAGAUGAUCCUAACUUCUGGCAAAAAUGGGCUAAAAAAGCAGAAAUUGAUAUAGAUGCUAUCAGUGGCAGAAAUAGCUUGGUCAUUGACACCCCAAGAAUUAGGAAGCAAACAAGACCCUUCAGUGCCACAAAAGAUGAAUUGGCUGAAUUAUCUGAAGCUGAAAGUGAAGGAGAUGAAAAACCAAAACUUCGGAGACCAUGUGAUCGCUCCAAUGGCUAUGGAAGAACUGAAUGCUUUAGAGUAGAGAAAAAUCUGCUAGUUUAUGGGUGGGGCCGAUGGAGAGAGAUUCUAUCUCAUGGACGUUUUAAAAGGCAGCUAAAUGAACACGAUGUAGAAAUAAUUUGCCGAGCUCUCUUAGCUUAUUGCCUUGUUCACUACCGAGGAGAUGAGAAAAUUAAAGGUUUCAUAUGGGAUCUCAUUACUCCAACUGAAGAUGGGCAGACACGUGAGCUACAAAAUCAUCUAGGCCUGUCAGCUCCUGUACCCCGAGGUCGAAAAGGGAAGAAAGUAAAGACUCAGACAAGCUCAUUUGACAUACAAAAAGCAGAAUGGCUUCGAAAAUAUAAUCCUGAGCAGCUACUUCAAGAUGAAGGCUACAAAAAACAUAUAAAACACCACUGUAAUAAGGUUUUGCUUCGUGUAAGAAUGCUGUAUUAUCUAAAACAAGAAGUCAUUGGAAAUGAGUGUCAGAAAGUAUUUGAUGGUGUUGAUGCCAGUGACAUUGAUGUAUGGGUACCAGAACCAGAUCAUUCAGAAGUUCCUGCUGAGUGGUGGGACUUUGAUGCUGAUAAGUCACUCCUUAUUGGGGUGUUUAAACAUGGUUAUGAAAAAUAUAACACUAUCCGAGCAGACCCAGCAUUAUGCUUCUUAGAAAGGGUGGGAAAACCUGAUGACAAAGCAGUUGCUGCAGAACAGAGAGCGAAUGAUUAUAUGGAUGGGGAUGUUGAAGAUCCAGAAUACAAGCCUGCCCCAGCCAUCUUUAAAGAUGAUAUAGAGGAUGAUGUUUCUUCACCCGGGGAUCUUGUUAUAGCAGAUGGAGAUGGUCAACUGAUGGAAGGGGAUAAAGUUUAUUGGCCUACUCAAUCAGCUUUAACCACACGAUUGAGACGUCUCAUCACUGCAUACCAGCGUACUACCAAAAACAGACAAAUCCAGCAAAUACAACCAUCGUUGUCAAUGCCUGCCAGUGUGAUGCAGCCUCUUUAUGAAGAAGCCACUCUUAACCCUAAAGUGGCAGCCAAGAUAGAAAGACAGCAGAGAUGGACAAGAAGAGAAGAAGCUGAUUUUUAUAGAGUUGUAUCUACAUUUGGCGUAGUCUUCGACCCUGACAGAGGCCGAUUUGACUGGACAAAAUUUCGAGCUAUGGCUCGGCUACACAAGAAAACUGAUGAUAGUUUGGAAAAGUAUUUAUACGCAUUUGUGUCUAUGUGUCGGAGGGUUUGUCGUCUUCCUUCCAAAGAAGAAUUGGUGGAUCCAAAUAUUUUUAUCCAACCAAUCACAGAGGAGCGUGCAUCUAGGACUUUGUACCGCAUUGAGCUUCUAAGAAAAGUACGGGAGCAGGCCCUUCGACAUCCACAACUAUUUGAACGCUUGAAGCUUUGCCAUCCAAACCCAGACUUACCAGUCUGGUGGGAAUGUGGCCCUCAUGAUAGAGAUUUGCUUAUUGGCGCUGCUAAACAUGGAGUGAGCCGAACAGACUAUCACAUUCUUCGUGAUCCUGAACUCUCAUUUAUGACAGCUCAAAGGAACUACAGUCAAAGUAAGAUGGCUCAUUCAAGGACUUCUACUCCACUUUUACAGCAAUAUCAAGUAGCACUUUCUGCUUCUCCUCUUACCUCUCUACCUAGGCUCCUAGAUGCUAAAGGUAUUAUUCUAGAGGAUAUGAAAGUUAAAACUGAAAACCUUAAAGAAGAACCUCAGUCUUCUGAAGAAGAAUCUAUGUCUUCUGUGGAAACCAGGACACUAAUAAAGUCUGAGCCUGUAAGUCCAAAGAAUGGUGUUUUAUCACAGGCUACUGGAGACCAGAAAUCUGGUGGAAAAGGUGAAACAGACAGACGCAUGGUUGCAGCCAGAACAGAACCCCUAACUCCAAACCCAGCUUCUAAGAAACAAAGAGUCCACAAAAGAGGGUCAGAAUCUAGUUCUGAUUCUGACUCUGAGUCUGAGAGAUCAUCCUGUUCUUCCAGAUCAUCUUCUUCUUCGUCUUCCUCCUCUUCUUGUUCCCAUUCUCGAUCAGGCUCUAGUUCUUCUUCAUCCUCAUCUUGUUCUUCAGCAUCUUCUUCAUCCUCUUCUUCUUCCUCUUCAUCAUCAUCAUCUUCUUCAUCUUCAUCAGAAGAAAGUGACAGUGAAGAAGAGGAAGUCCAAAAGCGAGCAGAAGGCACCUCUCACAUGAAAGCCUAUGAUGAAGAAAGUGUUGCAUCAUUGAGCACUACUCAGGAUGAGACCCAGGAUAGUUUCCAAGCAAAUAAUGGGAUACCAGAGCCUGCUUACCUCUUACAAGGUGGAUACAUGCUGGCAGCCUCAUAUUGGCCAAAGGAUCGAGUGAUGAUCAACCGGUUGGACAGUAUUUGUCAAACAGUUCUGAAAGGGAGGUGGCCGUCAUCUAGAAGAAGUUAUGAUGCUAACACAGUGGCUUCUUUCUAUACCACAAAACUGCUGGACAGCCCUGGAGCAGCUACAGAAUAUAGCGAGCCCAGUGUUCCCACUCCCCCAGGUGCUGGUGUCAAAGAAGAACAUGAUCAGUCAGCACAGAUGUCAAAGGUGAAGAAGCAUGUACGAGAAAAGGAGUUUACAGUGAAAAUCAAAGACGAAGGUGGUUUGAAGUUGACGUUUCAGAAGCAGGGACUUGCACAGAAAAGACCUUUUGAUAGUGAAGAUGGAGCCCUGGGGCAGCAACAGUACCUCACCCGACUUCGGGAGCUUCAAAGUGCAUCAGAGACAAGCCUUGUCAAUUUUCCAAAAUCUAUGCCACUGUCCAGUACUUCCACUCAAUCAACCAUUGGUGCCAAUGGAGUGAUAUUAGACAACCAGCCUAUAGUCAAAAAAAGGCGGGGAAGGAGAAAGAACGUAGAAGGUGUUGACAUCCUGUUUUUUAACAGAAAUAAACCACCUAAUAAUGUAAGUAAAGUAAUACCUCAAAAUUUCUGAUUCUGGCCUGUGCAGUGACUCAUUCCUAUAAAAACAGCUACUUGGGUGGCAAAGAUCAGGAGGAUGACAUUUCGAGGCCAACCUGGGCAAAA